GUUACUGCCGUGAUAAGAAAUACUUGGUGAACACUUUUUCACCCAAGGUUCACGCUUCAAAGGACAGCACCCUAUACAUAGCGCCAUUGCUAAACCCCAAAAAGUCUGCAAAUUGUUUGGAUUUCUCAGUCUCUCUGUUUUAGCGGGCGCAAUGGUAUACAUUACCUCUUGGGACGAGUUCGUCGAGCGAUCCGUACAGUUGUUCCGUGCCGAUCCCGAUUCUACGCGGUAUGUGAUGAAGUAUCGGCACUGCGACGGUAAAUUGGUUCUCAAGGUCACUGAUAAUCGAGAGUGUCUCAAGUUUAAGACAGACCAGGCACAGGAUGCUAAGAAGAUGGAGAAGCUUAACAACAUUUUCUUCACUUUGAUGGCUCGGGGUCCUGAAGCGGAUGUAGCAGAAGUUACUGGGAAGGAACAAAUAGAUGCACAGCCAACCAAGAAGGGAAGAGGAAGAAAACAAUAAAUUUGUUUGCUACUAGACAUAUAGGUUUUUGGACAAAUUUUAGUUGAUAUCAUGGAUGAUUUGCAAAAUCUACUGUUCUGAAAAUUUGUUAAAGCCAUGGUAAAAUGAAAUUUUCCUGGGGGAUUUAAUAGAUGCUUCUCUCCCCUAAUGAUUGUUUGAUCAUACAGGAUUAUUGAUGCUUUUCACUUUGCGUAUU